AAGAAUAUAUCGAUACUAUCGAUAUAAUCAUCGAUCUUUUGCUUUUGCUAAUGAUCGCGGUAAGUUGCCUGCGUGUGUGAAGCGAAGAUUUGUGUAUAUAAAACCGUUGCAUAAAUCAACAGCAACAACAUGUCAAGCAGCAGCAACGUUUCGUUGAAACCGCAGCAACAUGUGCGCAUUGAGAGCCAUGAUCAACAGGUGGAGGCCGAGUUGCCCACGCCGUCGUCAGCGCCGCUGUCCAUUGCCGAAUGUAAGGAACUAACCGGUUUGACGCAUGAGUGCGGCGUUUUUGGUGCCAUUGCCUGCGGCGACUGGCCAACCCAGAUUGACAUUGCUCACGUGAUCUGCUUGGGUCUGGUGGCAUUGCAGCAUCGUGGGCAGGAGUCGGCGGGCAUUGCGACCAGCGAGGGCAAGUGCUCCAAAAACUUCAAUGUGCACAAGGGCAUGGGCAUGAUCAGCACCCUUUUCAACGACGAUUCGAUGAAGAAGCUGCGAGGCAACUUGGGCAUUGGCCAUACACGCUACUCCACGGCUGGUGCAUCGGAGGUGGUCAACUGCCAGCCGUUUGUGGUUCACACGGCGCAUGGCGCCAUGGCGCUGGCCCACAACGGUGAGCUGGUCAACAAUGAAUCUCUGCGUCGCGAGGUGCUGGGCCGCGGCGUCGGCUUGUCCACACACAGCGACAGUGAGUUGAUAGCUCAAUCGCUUUGCUGCGCCCCGGAGGGCGUCUCCGAGCAUGACGGACCCAACUGGCCGGCUCGCAUCCGGCAUUUUAUGAUGCUGGCGCCAUUGUCAUACUCGCUGGUCAUCAUGCUGACGGACAAGAUCUAUGCUGUGCGCGACACGUAUGGCAAUCGGCCGCUUUGCAUUGGCAAAAUUGUGCCCAUAAACUCUGGCCAUGCGGGCAACAGCACCGAAACACCUGCCGACGGCUGGGUGGUGUCCAGUGAGAGCUGCGGCUUCCUGUCUAUUGGUGCGCGCUAUGAGCGCGAAGUGGAGCCGGGCGAGAUUGUCGAGCUGACACGCAAAGGCUAUCGCACCGUUGACAUUGUGGAGCGUCCGGACUUCAAGCGCAUGGCCUUCUGCAUCUUCGAAUAUGUGUACUUUGCCCGAGGCGACAGCAUCUUCGAGGGCCAGAUGGUGUAUUCGGUGCGCCUGGAGUGCGGUCGCCAGCUGUGGCGUGAGGCACCUGUCGAAGCAGAUAUUGUCAGCUCCGUGCCAGAGUCGGGCACUGCCGCAGCCCAUGGCUAUGCGCGCGAGUCCAAUCUGGAGUUCGCCGAGGUACUGUGCCGGAAUCGUUAUGUGGGUCGCACCUUCAUACAACCCUCGACACGACUGCGGCAGCUGGGCGUUGCCAAGAAGUUCGGCGCGCUGUCUGGGAAUGUGGCCGGCAAGCGGCUGGUGCUCAUAGACGAUUCCAUUGUGCGCGGCAACACAAUUGGACCGAUAAUUAAGCUGCUGCGCGACGCAGGCGCUCGGGAGGUGCACAUACGCAUUGCCAGCCCCCCGCUACAGUAUCCCUGCUACAUGGGCAUCAAUAUACCCACGCGCGAGGAGCUUAUCGCCAAUAGGCUGAACGCCAAGCAACUGGCCCGUCAUGUGGGCGCCGACAGUCUGGCCUAUCUGAGCGUUGCCGGUCUCGUGCAGACGGUGCAGCGCAAACAUGUGGCAUCUGGCAAGGCGACGGGUCAUUGCACCGCCUGCCUGACGGGCGAAUAUCCUGGCGGACUGCCGGACGAGCUAAGCUGGUGAACAAUUUGCUUGCGUAGCUCGGAAUAUAUAACUUUGCAGUAUAAAGCCCACGAGCGCUCAAAAUUACUGUCACAAAUAAUGUAGCUGCACUUUUGCAUUUAACGCCCCACCCAUGGAGCUUGUAUCCAAUUCCAUUUAAAUGAUUUUCAAGUAAUUCUUAAGCUCAAAUUAUACACUCUUUAUACAUAUUUAGAUUUAGUAGCUCUUCAGUGAAAAGCUCUCUUCCUCCUACAAUUGACAAAUUGACAAAUUUUGUACAAAAGAAAUAGCCAUCAAUAUUGCCAACGAAUGGCCAACUAUUAUAAAUUGUUGCAAUUUUUGUUGUUUAGCUUCGUAAAAUAUGAAUGCCAAUAAUAAAAGACAUUUAGCACAA